AUGGCUCAAAACAAUGAUUCAAAGCUUCACAUAGCCAUGUUUCCAUGGUUUUCCUUUGGGCACUUGACUCCAUAUUACCUCCAUCUCUCCAAUGAGCUCGCUCAAAGAGGCCACAAAAUCUCAUUUUUGUUGCCAAAAAAGGUCCAAAUCCAAUGGGAACCUACAAAUCUGCAUCCCGACCUCAUCACUUUCUAUCCCCUCACCGUUCCACAUGUCGAAGGCCUCCCUCUAGGCACCGAGACAACUUCUGACAUACCCAUUCUCUUAACUACUCACCUAGGGACUGCCAUGGACCUCACUCGUGAUCAGGUGGAAACAUUGCUACGCAAAUUGAAACCUUAUUUUGUUCUCUUUGACACCGCUUAUUGGAUAUCAGAGCUAGCAUCAAAGAUUCGCUUCAUGAACACCGUGCUCUAUAGUGCUGUUUCUGCAGUGACGGUAGCAAUCCAACUAGUCCCUGCACGGAAAGUUUUUGAGGACAUGACACUAAUGGAGGCCGAAAUGGCAAAGCCACCACCAGGCUACCCAUCGUCCACCGUGGUGUUACGUAGGCACGAAGCUCUAGCACCGCCGGUCAUAUCAUUUGAAUUUGGCCUUGGAAUAAUGCUCCAUGGUCGUUUCACAACCUCCAUGAAAGAAUGCGAUGCAAUCUCUAUUAGAACAUGCCAAGAAAUUGAGGGACAAUUUUGUGCCUACAUAGGAAGCCAGUAUGGAAAGCUCGUGUUUCUAACAGGACCUGUCCUGCAUGAAGUGAUGAAAAUGGAAAGGUUGCUUGAAGACCGGUGGGCGUGGUGGCUGGAGGGGUUCGAGCCCAACUCCGUUGUGUUCUGUGAAUUUGGGAGCCAAUUGAUCCUUGAAAAGGACCAAUUCGAAGAACUUGUUCUAGGGUUUGAGUUAACGGGGCUACCAUUUUUAGUAGCCUUAAAACCGCCUGCAGGAGUAGCGACGGUGGAAGAAGCGUUGCCGAAGGGGUUUAAAGAGAGGAUUGGAGGCAGAGGAGUGGUUUAUGGAGGAUGGGUGCAACAACCACAAAUAUUAGGUCACUCAUCUAUUGGGUGUUUUGUGAAUCACUGUGGAGUUGGAUCAAUGUUGGAGUCUCUAUUGAGCAAUGCUCAAAUAGUGCUUGUACCACAUCUAUGUGAUCAAAUCCUCAACACUAGGUUAAUGGCUGAGGAAUUGAAGGUAGCUGUGGAGAUAACAAGAGAUGAAAAUGGUUGGUUUUCAAAAGAGAGUUUGUGCGAGUCUAUUUGCUCCGUAAUGGAUAAAGAUAACGAGAUGGGCAAAUUGGUAAAGAAAAAUCAUCUCAAGUGGAAAAAAACCCUAACAAGCCAAGGCUUCAUAACUGACAAUAUAGAUAGAUUCGAAAAACAAUUGCAUGAGCUUUCUAUUUGA